CCCUACGUCCCCCAAACUUCUUCUCAAUCCCGCACCUUUCCAUCUCUCUCUCUUGCGUCUUCUUGAAUUCAAUAUUUUCAGUUGCUCUCCUUCUGUCUUUCAAAUCGUAAAUUUUCAAUCGUGUGCCUUUGAAAACAAUGAAGAAAGGGAAGAAGUAAUAUAUAUGUGUUAUGGUCAUGAAAUUUGUGAUGGUUCAGAAAACAAUGAAGAAGGGGAAGAGAGGUAGAGCCGCAGUUGUGGUCCUUGGAGAUUUUGGGCGCAGCCCUCGCAUGCAAUACCACGCUCUUUCUCUAGCUCGCCAGGCGUCUUUAGAAGUUGAUAUUGUAGCAUAUGGAGGAUCCGAUCCUCACGGUGCUGUUUUAGACAAUCCUUCUAUUCACCUUCACACAAUGAAGGAAGUGAUUCCUCAUGGUUUACCAAGGAUAUUCUAUUUAUUGGCUCUCCCACUAAAGGCACUGGCUCAGUUCCUGGUGCUUCUUUGGUAUGUCUGCAUUAGGAUACCUUCACCUGAUGUCUUCAUUGUACAGAAUCCUCCUUCUAUUCCAACCUUGAUUGCAGUCAAAUGGGCUUGCUGGUUACGCCGUUCUGCUUUCAUCAUUGAUUGGCAUAAUUUUGGUUAUACUCUACUGGGAUUGUCACUUGGGAGAAGUCAUGCCUUGGUUAAGACUUACUAUUGGUGUGAGAGGCAUUUUGGUAGUAUGGCUGAUGGUGCUUUAUGUGUCACAAAAGCCAUGCAGCAUGAGCUUGCUCAAAAUUGGGGUAUAAGGGCAGUAGUACUUUAUGAUCAGCCCCCUGAAUUUUUUCGUCCUGCUUUGCUUGCAGAGAAACAUGAGUUGUUCUGUAGAUUAAAGAAGGAUAUCAGUCAUCAACAUGGCCUUCAUGAUUGUGUGACUCAUGAUAUUGAUGAAAAUACGGGCAACUCCCUCUUUACAACUCAGAUUGGUGAUUCCCUAUCCAUGAAUGAGAACAGACCUGCCCUUAUUGUUAGCAGUACUAGCUGGACUGCUGAUGAGGACUUUGAGAUGCUUUUACAAGCAGCGCUAAUGUAUGAUAGGCGAGUGGCGGCGAUUUUAAAUGAGCCUGAUUCCAUAAAGAAUGAAAUUAUAUGGUCUGAGAUAUCCAAAGGGAAACAAUUUCUAUACCCAAGAUUAUUGUUUAUUAUUACAGGUAAAGGUCCACAAAGAGAAAAGUACGAAGAACAAAUAAAGAAGUUAAAUCUGAAACGUGUGGCAUUCAGGACAAUGUGGCUUAAAGCUGAGGAUUAUCCUUUGUUGCUUGGAUCGGCUGACUUAGGUGUAUGUCUUCAUACCUCCUCAUCUGGCUUGGACCUUCCAAUGAAGGUUGUGGAUAUGUUCGGGUGUGGACUACCAGUCUGUGCUGUUUCUUAUUCAUGCAUUGAGGAGCUUGUAAAAGUUGAGCACAAUGGUCUUCUCUUUGCAUCUUCUUCCGAGCUGGCUGAUGAACUCCUUAUGCUUUUCAAACGGUUUCCGGAUGAAUGUGAUGCUCUGAAGUUACUGAGGAGAGGUGCUAAGGAAAGUGGAGCUUCUGCAAAUUGGGCUUUUGAGUGGCAGCAACAUGCUUUGCCUCUCAUUGAAAAGGUGAUCGCCGAGAAAUCUCACUGAUCGUUGCAGUAUGAUAGUGGUGAAAAACAGGAGCUGUGGAGUCUCCAUAGUUGUCUCCCUAACGAACAUUUCCAUAUACUUGAGUAUCAGCUGACUUCACCUAGUGUAGUGUUUGGUUACUUUGGGCUAGUCUCUCACUAGUAUUACAUUGAAUUUUGGCCAACCUGAUUUUCAUGUUUUGCAGGCAAAUAUUAUUCUUUCUUUUUUCCUUUAUUUUCGUUAUUAUAUUGCCUUUUGCUGUUGCAGCAGCAUGGACUUGUUUUUUUUUUUUGGUAAUUAAAAUGGUAAGUCAGGGGAUUUGGGCUC